GGACAUAACACCGUAGUUUGUUUUGAUUACAUGUAAAGUAAAUUCGUCGUGUUGGUUGUCUCGAAAAUAUGCCUCUUCCGCCUGCUCUUGCUGCUAAAUUAGCUAAAAGGGGAAUUAUAAAAGAACCAGAACCUGAACCGGCAGCACCCACUGAGGAAGAAAUUAUCGCCGAAGAUUACGAUGACACGCCCCAGCAGACCGCCAUCGCAUACACGCCAGUCGAAUCGCAUUCCAUUGAUCCUUAUAUGGGUUAUAUAGGGUGCCCAAAUAAGUGGAAUGUUUACCAUGAAUGUACCCCAAUGUGCAGAGAACAUUGGAAAGAAGGGAAGCAAAUCAAUUCAGAAUAUGACCGUCGCAGGCUAAAGAUGCUGAUAAAAUAUCCUUUGCCGAGUCACUGGAAGGAGGUUCUGGAUCAGGGCUUAGGCCGCUACUACUAUUGGAAUACAGAAACCGAUCGAGUCUCCUGGUUGCCACCAGGUCACCCUCGCUGCCAAGUAUCACGAUCUGCAGCCACACUCCGCAAAGAGAUGGCGGCAGAGAUGAAGAAGAACCGCCAAGGUAUUACAGAGGAAGAUGUAGAGAUGACCCCUAUGGAUGAGGAUGAGGAUAAGGAUAUGGACGAUGGCAAGAGUGACAGAUCGGACGCUUCAGAUGAUGAGCUAAGCCAAAGAGAAAAGAGAGAUUCAGAGCGGCAGGAUCGAAGGAGAGACAGAGACAGGGACCGAGAGCGUGGGCGCGACAGGAGAGGGCGGAAGAGAGCCCACGCUGAGGAAUUGGACCCCAUGGAUCCUGCAUCCUAUGGAGAAUGUGGAAGGGGUACUUGGGCGUCAGGUUUGCCCCAGAGGAAUGAAGCCCGUACAGGUGCAGAUGUCACAGCCAGCGGACCUUUAUUCCAGAUGCGACCCUACCCCUCUCCUGGAGCCGUUCUUCGUGCCAAUGCACAAGCUGCAUCAAUUGGACCCAAGAAAUCUUAAGAGUAGAUUAAGGAUUGUGUUUUGUGUGUAUGUGUGUGUAUUUUUGGUAAGUCGCAUAUUAUGUAAAGUUUUGUUUCCUCAUUUUCUUUCUUCUCUAGGGAGCAGUGCAGAAAAGAGAGACUGUCAAGUUUUAUUCCAUUUUUGAAGUAAUUUGAUGAAGUUUAGAGGAAAAGUUAAUGUUUUUAAGUAGCUCAUAUAUGAAAUUGGAAAGUAAGGCUUUUCACUUAAUUAGGUAGAAAUCUUUUGAAGUACAGUACAAUUCAUUGUACUUGAUAGUAAUCUUCAUUAGUGUAUGAAGAUAUAGCUUGAAAUUGUAUGUACAGAUAUAUUUUCAACUACACAUUCACAUUUACAAAAUUGAAAGAAUAGAAAUGAAGUAUAUAUAUUAGUAACAUUUAAAAAUUAUAAAUGACAGGCUAUGUGACAUAUAUGUUCUUCGAUAUAACAAUUUCUUGGUGUGACAUUUCGAUAGGAAAACAAUAAAGUCAUAAUCCAGU